AUGUUGUGGUUCAAAUUUAACCUUGGUUUAAAAUUCUAUUUUCUUUUCUUUUUGGUUAUGGUAAUGCAUGAUAAUGAGUUUGAAACAAAAGAAAAUACAAUUUCAUCCAAGGACAAAAUUGAACCACAACAUAUACAGUGCUACAACGCAGGGAUUCAGACCAUUAAAGUCACACAGUGAUGUGAUAAAACACCAUACAUCAUGUUGAAGCUGUAUUCUCUUCAAAUUGUAAAGCAGCUAUGUCGUCAUAUUUAUAGUAGAAUGGCUAUAGUAUAUGUAGUUAAGAAACGGUCCAGAUAAGAACGAUAGCAACAACGGCAACGAACAUGUUGGAAUGCAAAAAAAGGUGCUAACUUUUCCAUUGUAUGUACUUACUUCUGAUUGGCUUAAACAGCAAAAGUUAACAAAACUUAAGCGGUACAUAUAUUCAUCCUUACUUUCCAACCAUCUUCCAUAUAACAAAAUCUGGUCUCAGUUUGAAUAACAAAGAAAUCCUAUGUAGGGAACAUGUAAAAUUGUAAACUUUUCUUGGUCAUUGUUUUCAACUCUUGUGAUUGGUCAAAAUCUUUUAACACAAAAAAACACCCUUUCAAAAAGGAGUGUAAAUGUAUUUUAUUGCGUAAACGGCCUUCAUGUAGGUUUAUGCAUUCUCAGCGUAAAAGUGAGAACAUUCCUAUGUGGGGAAAGCACCGUUGCCGCAUAACAAAAGAAAUUGCUAUCCACCUUACCCGGAUCAUUACUUAAUUGAGAAACAGGGCUGCCUGGACAAGAUGGAAAGGUUGGUAUUAAGGUAAAGCAAGAGAGGAUAGAGCUCAUCCUCUCUUAGGUAAAGUGAAUAAUAUUAUUUGUUUACUAUCAGUUUUCGGCAGUGGCUGAAUAAGAUAUUUCAAACAAUACACAAGUUCGCGCGAUCCAGCCAAAUAGGCGGAGAAAUUAAAAAUGUAAAAAAAUGCUAAUAGAUUGAUCGGAAAAGUCCAAUGAAAAUCUUGUUCCUCUUCCCACCUGUGUACAAUGUAUCCUCGAAAAGAAUUUCACGGUCCUCGUGACUUAUGGACAAAGGUUUUUCACGGAAUUAAAGCGGAGCUGCGAGGAAAAAAAAAAGACGGGAAGAAAGGAAAACACGGAGAGUAGAAAGGAGAAUGUAAACUUCGAGGCCUUCAUUACUUUAUAAGCUCAAAAACGUUGCUUUUUGCACAUGAUCGUGAUCAGAAGUUACAAUUUAGAACCAGUGUUGUGCUGAACUUGUAAACAAAGUUUAAAACAAUUUUUUCAAAUUAAUUUACGAAGACUAUAUUCCUUCCCUCAGAUAAUCUAAAUAAUGCGGCCUUUUAUGUACGAUCUAAAACGAAAUUUGUACAACGUGUAUCGCUACAAGAAAAAUGAAAGAACGAUGAGCUCUCGCUUAUAAACUGACUUUUCCAAAUGUGUUAUAUUGCUAAUUUUGGCCAUUUUGAUUCAGGGCGAGAAAGGAUCUCCUGGAGUCAAAGGACCAAAAGGAGAAAAAGGAAUUCCAGGACCUUGUGAUGCUAAGGUAAGGUUAGUUCAGUCAACUGGCACUGGUUAAUCUUUCCUUCAGAUCUGUUCAAAGUUUUAAAGUCUAUUUUUUAUCGCUAUUUUGGCAAUAAUUUGAUAUCUUACCAAAAUUUUUUGGAUAAAUUUGUUGAUCUUUAAAUGUUUGUGAUAUGAUAUUCCGUACUUGAAAUUAAGAAUUUUUGUUUGUUCUACAAUUAGCGCUAGAUUUAUGGUAGGUUUUCACUGAAAAAAGUUUUUCUCCAAGAAGUUGGAAAACUCAUGUGGAAGAGAGAAAAAAAAUCUUUUGUUUACCCUUACUAGGACAAUAGAGUAAUUUGGUGGGUGUAAGUAUAACUUGCCUCGUUUCCUGAUAUUACUUAUCAAACUUAUGAAAAGAAAACAUGAAAAAACGAAAUCGUCGUAUUACACAUUGAUUAAAGAACUGUAACUUCCCCUAUUUUGGAUGCCCUUUCCUUCUGCCGUUUGUUUGCCGUUUGUGAAGAACUGGGAUAAACCUGGCUGAGCUCCGAAUACGCAACUUGCACAUACAUCUCCUGUAAUGCACCUUAUUUGGCCCUCAAAAUGUUGCAUCAGCAUUACUUUUUCAAUUUCUCUUUGGACGGCUGUGAUACCCAGGAGAAAUGAAAAAUAAAAGUCAUGCAAAAUUUUGGGGACAAAUACGGUGCAUUAUGGGAAAUGUGCAAGUGGCGUAUGUUAGGAACCCCCAACCCCGUUUCUAGGGCUUUCUUCUGAAAAGCCACGGAGACGAGGUUGAGCCAAACCCCCGACGGCUUAAACUUUGUGUCAUGCUUUCCUUUUUUUCAAUCUUUUGCUCUGUUUUGAAUUUCAGAGCUUAUCGUCUAUUAAAUCAGCCUUUUGUUCAGCCGGUAAGAAAAUUUCAUGAUAUUAAAUAUCGUUUAAUUUAUGUUGUACUGGCUGUAUAUGAUGAACAUUGUAGGAAAUUACGCAGGCCUUUAUAAUUGGGCCUGAUCUCAGGUCAACUUGUUCCUUGCAAUCACAUAGUCUUUCCGGCUCAAUAAUUCUCUUUAAAAUGUUGAUAAAUUUAACAUAUUCUGUCUGUUGUGUUUCCAAUUUGGCGAAGAUUGCUCCACUGGUUUCCACUUUUUCGAGAAAUUUCAAGAUCUUCCAACCCGAGGAGCAGUAGCCGUGGAACAUUUCACCAUUAACGGAGGUCUGUUUAUUGCUUUCGCCAACUUCGUCGAUGACAUUAAGAAAACAAAGACAAGCUCCAUGAUCUACAAGAUGAACGAGUCGGCUGGAAUUUUCUCUUUGUACCAGACCCUACAAACUAGAGGGGCAUAUGACCUCGAGUACUUUUCAAUCGGUAACAAACACUUUCUUGCCUUUGCUAAUUAUUACGAUGGAACUCACCAGCUGGACUCUACAAUCUAUCAGUGGAACGGUAAGCUGUUUGAUACCUUUCAAAAAGUAUCAACAAACGGAGCAACCCACUUUACGUACUUCAAGAUGCAUGAGGAACAUUAUCUAGCAGUAGCAAACUAUUAUGACGGAAGUGCCCAUUCUACAAACUCAGUAAUUUACAAAUGGAGUAGCGGCAAGUUUAACAAAUUUCAAGACAUACCAACUGAAGGUGCCAUGGGUUGUACGGCGUUUGUGAUAAACAACGACACUUUCAUUUCUUUUGCAAACUAUUACAACUCCGGACACAAGCAUUCUGUUCAGUCUACUGUGUUCAAAUGGUCAGGAGAACACUUUGCCAAAUUCCAGUCUCUUCAAACGUUUGGAACGUUCGAUAUCAAGUCUUUCAACAUCAACGGACACACGUUCCUCGCCUUUGCAAACUUUUACUCUGGAAGUAAACACAACAUCGACUCUUUCUUUUACAAGUGGAAUGGCAACAAGUUCGUCCUGUUCCAGUCCAUUCCUACUCGUGGGGCCAUCGCCUGGUAUCCAUUUGUGAUCGGUAUUCACACGUACCUGGGUUUGUCUAACAACAAAGAUGACAUUCAGGGAUAUGUCACUAAAUCAGUUGUGUACCAGGCUUCUGGAGCUAAUUUAGUUAAGUACCAAGAGAUUCUAACCACUGGGGCACAUUAUAUGACGUCAUUUGAGUACAAGGGUCAUACUUACUUGGUAGUGGCAAACCAUAAAAACGGUCAAAAGUACAACUUAAACAGCGCCCUGUACAAAUGGGUGUAGAGCGUUAUGUUUUAAUCCAAGCAUACAGCAAAUUUGUAAACAGUAAAAGAAUAAUAGUUUGUUUCAUGAUUUUGUAAGCAAUAAGUACCUUGAUAGCUUAGAGCAUUAAUCUAUAGAAUAGGCGUAACUUUUAAUACUUUUUCCAUUCGAUCAUUGACUUGGAGAGGAUAGCAAUUAUUUCUUGUUUUGGUCUAGUUUGGUCUAGUUCAUCAAUAUCUCAAACUAAUUUACAGCUAUUAGCUGAAAACAAGGACUUUUGGUAGUAAUCAUUGUGUGUUUAGAUACGCUUGAAAAAAGUUAAUAUUAAAAAUCUUUGGUAAAUAAAUCUUUGCUUGGAACUGUGAAUUGUGUGC